AUGUCGUCGUCGAUAGGACUAGUAGAUGAUCUUGCUGAAGCAAGUCUUCAAAAUAUAGUUGGACAAAAAAGUCUUAAAUGGAUAUUUGUUGGAGGAAAAGGUGGUGUUGGAAAAACAACAUGCAGUUGUAGUUUAGCUUCACUUUUAUCUAAAGUACGAGAAACAGUAUUAAUAUUAAGUACUGAUCCAGCUCAUAAUAUAUCGGAUGCAUUUAAUCAAAAAUUUACAAAGAAACCAACAAAAGUCAAUGGAUAUGAAAAUCUCUAUGCAAUGGAAAUCGAUCCAUCAGGUGGAAUAAAUGAAUUACCUGAAGAUAAUGAAGAAAGUGAAUUAUGGACAGUUGGUCGUUCAAUGUUUCAAGAAAUGCUUUCAUCAUUUCCUGGUAUUGAUGAAGCUGUUAGUUUUUCUGAAGUUAUGAAAUUAGUUAAAAAUAUGAAUUUUAGUGUUGUUGUAUUUGAUACAGCACCAACAGGUCAUACAUUACGUUUGCUUUCAUUUCCAUCAGCUAUUGAAAAAGGUCUUGACAAAAUUUUAAGACUUAAAAAUCAAGUUGGACCUAUUCUUACACAGGUAAAAAAAAACCAAGAAAGAAAAUAUUUUUUAAAAUAAAAUAAAAAAA